ACCGGGUAUGGUACCUAAUACCGAAAAUCCACCGGGUCAUUCUGCUACGGUUCUGCUCAGGAGGUUCGAGAAUGAAUCUCAAGAUGUAGGAGCUGCUGCGGCCUUGGAUACCGAACCUUCGGACAUCUGUUCCAUUGGAGCAUCACAAGAUGUUUCAACUUGCACAAAAAAAUGUAAUAAUAGAACAUACACUGCUAAUAAUGCUAAGAAAGUCGUCCACCUUGAAGAUUUGACAGCCAAGACGAGUUUCCAGCUUGUCGACGGAGAGCACCCACUACUUCCUUGCCAUGAGAAACUCUGA